UUUAUUUUAUUCUUAUUUUUAAGCCUAAAAUCUUUAAUAUUCGUGAGUAUGCCGAAGGUUUCUGAUGUUUGGAAACAUUUCAAUAAAAUUCCAUUGGAAAAUAAAGUAGAAUGUAAAAAUUGUGGAAAAAAAUACGCGUACAACACUGAAAAGUGUUCUACUAAUUCAUUGUUAAGAUACUUGCGAGUGAAACACCAUGUUAUUUAUAAUAAAAGCAAAAAUAAAGAGCAACAACAAACAAAUCAAGAUCAGGGGAAAAGCGAAUCCAAAGAUGAUGUUGCUAAACAAUCUAUUUUAGAUCAUAAGAAAAAAUUCAAUAAAGACAUAGAAUCAUUGUCUUCUGAUCAGGAUAUGGAAGAAAUUGACAAUAUUUCUUUAAAUUCAUUUGAUGUUGAUUCUUCUAGAGAAAUAUCAGGUUUAUAA